GUACAUUGUGUCUGAGAGAGAGAGAUGGAGAGGAAGAGAGAGAGAGAGGAGUCGGUCUAUAUUAUCCUGCUCAUUGGAGGUUCUUCAAGCGUAUUUCAUUGUCGUCUUUCCUCUUCCCUCCCUUGGAGAGAAAGGAAACGCUCAAAGGUGCUUUUUCUUUUCCUUCCUCCGUCCGAUUCAGAGAUCGCGUGUUUCUUCUAUAACCCAAUGAGGUUCUUCCUCCGCUCCUUCUCCUUCCCUUCGCCUUCCCACCGGACUUCCUCUCCUCCGUGUUCUCUUUCAUGACUCCCGUUUGGAUGUGGGGAUUUUCCUUUUUCCUAUCUGAUCCUGUUUUAGAACCUCAAAAUCUCCAGAUUUUAUAAAUGCAAUAGGAUUCCUAUUUCUCCGUCUGCUUCUUCUGCCCCAGAAAUGGACUCCGUCGCACAGAAACUGCAGACUAAGUGGAAAACUGGAUCUCAGCAUCGGAAUUACGCUUGCAAAUUGGUGAAGGCGCUCCGCCAUAUCCGGAGGAGUGCCUCCGCUGCGCCGCCAUAUCGAGCUUUCCGGGAAACCGCCGACCGGACGCUUGCCAUUGCUGCGAAGGGCCGGACGCGGUGGAGCCGAGCUAUCCUGCGCCGAGCCGCCAACCUCAACAUCACAAGGAAAGCGAGAAUGAAUCACGCCCGAGCCCGCUCGAGUUGGAGCCAUAAGAUGAUCGGCCUCCGUCGAGCCGACACCAAGAAGCCGAUGCUCCACCGGCGUCUUCAGACACUCGGACGGCUCGUGCCCGGCUGUCGGAAAUUGCCACUUCCGGCGAUCUUGGACGAAGCGAGCGACUACAUUGCAGCUCUUGAGAUGCAGGUGAAGGCCAUGAGAGCCAUCGCUGGGCUUCUUUCAACGGCAGCAGUAGCUGAGGUAGAUCACCCCGAGCCCGUCUCAGGGCCACUGAGAUUUAAUGGCGAAGGUCUCAGUCCCUGAUCAUUCCUUUUCUCCUUUCAAUUUGUGUACUUCUAAAUUUCUUGUACAAAUCUUGUUGGAAAAUUGAAUUACCAUGAAAAGCUUUUCGUUGGGCCUUCA